AUGUCAGACGGGAGCUCGAGUGGCUCCGAUGCGGAGUUUAUUGACCUGACAGAGGACGAUAAUUCUCAUCCAGACAUUGAUGGGCAUCAUAAUGAUGCCCCUGACCAAGAGGAUAUCUUGAUUGGACUAGAUGUACAUGGGGAGCCGAUCUCGCACAUCAUAUACCGGCCUAGUAGCCCUAUGGACACCGACAGCGAAGAGGAAAACAGUGACAAUGGCCAACAAACUCCUGAAGCCGAGGGAAGCCUCUUCUUCAGUGACGACGACGACGGUGAAAUCAGCAAUGGUGGUGAUGGCGGUGACGGUGGACAUAGAGGACCCCCAUCCCCACCAUCGCCCGUUGACCCAGGUAGCGAAUCUGACGAGUCAGAAGAUGCCGACAAUCAUCAUGACGAUGAUGAGGAUGACGACGACGACACCGACGAUCAAAGUCAGGCAAACCACCAUAACCAAGGGGCUCCUACCGGAGGAAGUCCUGGUGGCGAUGAUUCUGGCGAUGACAGUUCAGACGAUGAAGCAGAUCCAAAUGACGAAGAUGUCGACAAUCAUCCCAUCAAUCGUGACGAUGAAGAAGGCAACGUGGAGCACGGACAUAAGAACCCGAACGCUGAUUUACCUCAGGUCCUAGAAGAAGAAAGUAUCGAAUCGCCAGAAUGGAAUGGACAAUGUCUCAACACAUGUCAUCCCCUUUGGGAUAGGGUUGCUCGCGAAUUUGCAAAUUAUCGAAACCGAUUCCUCAAAAAGAGAGAAGAGUUGAGAGAAUGCAAGAAGGGCAACAGGAAACGGGUCACUGACCGGAAUCGUGAAAUCAGGAGCCUAAAAGAGCUUGUGGGCAUAAUGGAAGAAGCAGUAAGAGAGUUCUAUGCUGCCAAUGAAGUAAACAUUCAGCAGAAUAUAAGACUUGUUUCGGAGAACGAGGAACUCCGACGUCUUGUGCCCCCAGUAGAAUUGGUCGAUUUCCCCGACCCUAUUCAGCUGAACAAUGAGGAUAUGGAGGCAUCUCUGCCCGAGGAGAAGCUGGAGAGACUGCCGCCAGAAGUCCGAAGGUAUUUUCGUGAGUGGCGGGGCGCACCAGCGAAAGCCCGAAAGACAGAACGUUUAUGGCCAUCUGCUUACACGUAUUGGAUCACUCAUGGUCGUCAUCGUGACUAUGAGAAUUGGGGACAGAUUCACAAGCUCGCUUGCCAGGAAGAGAAUAUGCCUUCAGUUUUCGGCAAGUCCACGCCACUCAGGACACACCCUUACCUCACUCUGUGUGCACCGCCCCUCCAAGAGGAAGAGAGGGUUAUCACAGGAGAGGGUGAAGUUUGUACUCCUGAGCCAUAUUGCCGACGCGAAUGCCCACAAACCCAAGAAGAUACCGGCCCGUUCAACUUCGACAUUCUUCCAACCAAAGAUCGACAGAAGAUAAUCACCAAAAUCCUUCGGUAUGCUCUUGUUUUUGAUGGGAAUAUCAUUCACGCUAUCUCUCGUUUGGACCCAUUCUUCGAGCCAGCCUCCCCUAACCGGAACUGCAACGGUAAAAUAUCGCUAUUGCAUCGCUUCCACAUUGGGCGACAGAGAGUUUCUCUCACAUUUGGAACAAUUCAUCCUCAGAAACUCCUUGCCCCUCUUCUGUAUAUCGAGCUGUUAUGGAUGGGCUCACAGAAGCUCACGUACAUGAUUGACCAAAAGGGCAAGUACGUAUCUCGACGAACUCAUGAUCUCGCCUAUCUGCCCGAGGCCUGUCGACUAAAGACAGUUGCUAUUCAUCUGCCCGAGUCCUCCAGGCAGUAUAUGCGACGUAAGCAUGAGCCGCCUCAGAUCGUUCGGUUCUUGGCACAAAAGACGAGAAAUCAGCCUAACUUCCGCCGCUUCCGCGCGUUGCGUACGUUACAGGGUGUUGAUUAUCUAUACUGCCUUCGUGGAGUUCGGGAAAUGACCUUCUUCGACUAUGACGAAUCGCGACGACAGCCCCCGAAAAUGCCAGUUCGUGACUGGACUUUUGUCCGUGAUAUCAAUGAGUCUGUACGCAGGGAAAAGUCUGCAAAUGAUGAACACUUCUCCCAGCUUCGGUACCUAGCUCCAUUGUUGAUCCAGCCUUCCGUCGAACUCGCUAGGCAGCUUGAGGAAAUCGUCAACCCAGCGCCUCAGCGAAUGGGUCUCUUGUCACCACCUCCUGAUAUGUACCCCCAGCUGCAGGCCGCCUUGGAUCAGACUGAUAGCUCUGAGAAUGAAUCCGAUGGCGAUGCCAGCGACGGAAAUUCUGAUGAAGAGAUGGGGGGAGACACUGACGAUGAUGGCAGUGACGGUGAUGACGAUGAUGAUGGUGGCAGCGGCGGUAGUGAUAGCGGCGCAGAUGCCCGCUUCUAUCAUCAACUUCUUGCUGCAGAUGACUACCGCCGUGAGCGAGAUGAUAGCCCGGCCGAUGAGCUGGUAGCAGGAAGGUCCGAUACCUUAUCUGAUAAUCGGUCUGAUCCCGAGUCUGAACAAGAACAGAAGAAAGAGGUAUGGUCAGAUAAUGGGCAAACCAUCGACUUAAUGAGCGACGAUGAGGACGAUGACGGGUCCCAGUAUGGAAGAGACCGGUCUACCUCUCUGUUCGUUCGGAGCCCCCCACGAGAACAUCGACCUGAGUUCACCACCAAGGUUGAAACGCCGUCUCCUCCCAGGGCAACCCCUCCAGUUCUCGCUGACCAGGCUGAAAUAACGCCGGCGAGGGAGGCCAGCGCUGACAGUAGCUUGUUUGUGAGCCCUACCCCCUAUGAGGUUCUGAACCCUCAAGCAGGAGAUCGUGAAUCGCCAAUUGACCUCACUGAACCUAUGGAGAUGCCAUUCUCUUCUCCUGCUCCGUCUUCAUGCUUGAGCUCGAGCAGCUGUUCUUCAGGUUCCAAGCGAGAAUGGAGUUUUAUCAGCGUGGAUGAUGAUGACGAGAAUGAUGGCGAUGAUGAGGACGAAGGCUUCCGAGUCUUGGGAAGUGUUCCCAAGCGGCCACGCCGCCCUGACGGUGAUGGUGACGAUGACGGUGCUGAAAUGAUGGACCUAGAGGAGGAGUCUCUGGAGGAGCAGCCUCAAGAGGAGUUUGUCAUGACUUAG